GGAGGCCCCGCCCCCCCGGCCGGGGACACGUCCGCGCUGCGCGGAGGGCGGCAGGCAGAGGCCGGUGGACUGGCGCCGGGGGCAGCCUCCUCGGGCGGGCGGACGGAGGAGGUUGGAGGCAUCGGCCACUCCUCGGACCUUGACCUGGGGCCUGGGAGGAGGCAAAACACAGUGGCCAGGCUCUGACCACCUGACCACCUUCCUGGGUGCUGGAGUCUGGGCGUCCACGCCAGGACUCUCCCUUUCUCCUGCAGCAUGCAGCCCCAGGACAGCGGCAUCCAGUACAGCCGGUGGGAUGACGGCAGCCGGGAUGCAGUCCAUGUGGCGGCUGUGGCCAGCACAGGGGAGGCCUCGAGCUGGGAGAGGAUCUCCCGGAAGCUGUGCUCAGGCAAGCUGGGUAUCAGCAUGAAGGUGCUGGGCGGACUGGCCCUCUUCUGGGUCGUCUUCAUCCUGGGCUAUAUCACCGGCUACUACGUGCACAAGUGCAAAUAAGGCCGCCGGCACGCACGCUCGGGGCUGGCUGCCUGUGCUUGGGGACGUGGGCUUGGACGGACACUCCGUACACCAGAACCCCCUUUGUAUACACAGAACCUCAUAUACAUGGAUCCUCGUGUACACAAGACUCUUCUCUGUACACACAGACUCAACCCCGACUACACAUAGAGACCCCAGGGGCAGACAGCACACUCUGGCCACCGCAGGGACACAUGGGCACAUGCCUGGCACAGGCAGCCAGCUGGGGGGACACAUGGCCGGGAGACUUGGGCCAGCCUGAGCCAGGGCUGCAGGACACUCCAGGCUGGACUCAGGGCCCCUAGAGACCCUGCUGAGAAGGCCCAGGCCUGGCAGCUCCAGGUGGGGGGUCCUCCCUGCGUGGCCCUGGCUGGGUCCCUACCCUUUCUGGGCUCUCUGGCUCCUGCAAGGAUGACUCUGGGGAAAGGUUGCGCGUGUCCCUCUGUCCACCCAUCCUGGGCAGGGUGGGGAGUGGGACCUUGGCCCUGUCUGGGACUCACCACCACAUCUUCCUUGCAGUGAAGGGGGGUACGGUUGUUCCUGAGGUGCCCCCUCGAGGCAGCUGGUCCCCCACUAUGCCCUGAGGGAGUCUGUGUGCCAAGGCAGCCAUUAAAAGUCUGUUGAUUGAAA